AUGGCGACACUUGUUAGCGAUGCCGGCAAAACGGCUGGGAAUCUAGAGACUCGCUAUUAUGUGGUUGAACGUUACUAUGGUCCUGAGCCUCGCCCCCCAUUAUCUGCACUGCCGCGCAUCUCUCCUGCUGUUUGCAUACAUCAUCCACAUCACCAACAAGUCGUCAUCUCUCUUCAAGUAAAUCAACAGAACAAUAUUAGAGGCACGGUGGAUACAGGUAUCAACUCAGUUAAUCCAAUGAAUCGGGAGGUGCCUUGGGUAUCAUCCUACCCAAUCGAACAAUCAACCAAGAAGUCCGCGCUUGAAAGUAAGCAAAGAUCCUUUGAGUGUAUAGUGGCUCCAGAUGCAUCCGUUAAGUCCUUUGAUCGUCAAACUGGAAUUUCCAUGCUUCACUCACCCUCUUUAUUUAUGCGCCCCUCGGAACAGCCUUCAAAGUCCAUUGGCACACCUAGAAGUCCCUCAUGCCCUGGAGAUCCACCUUGGGCUAGCCAGACCACGAAUGAUGUGGUACAGACUGGACCAGUCUUAAUUACAAACACAAAUAUUGGCAAUAGCAAUAACAACAGUCCAAGAUGUUCUUUUGCGCAGGCCUCUUAUACAUCAGGCUCCAUACUGGGUUGUGGUCCAGACUCUAUACCGCCUCAGCAACAACAAAGGCAGCAGCAACAAGAGCACCAAAAUCAUUCUGUCCGGGGUCUUUCCGUGCAUUUUGCCGCCUAA